ACGCUGCUCUUCACUCUCCUCUCUGUGUCGUCUCCAGCCACAGCAGAACCACAGCAUCUAUCAUGGCCAAAAUCAUCUCUACAUCCCACUCCAUCAGGACCUCCAGGGGGGCCUCCAGCAACUCCAUGGCCGGCCUCUGCGGCGGUCCUCGGGUGUCAAUGAGGCCUGGCAGCGUGUAUGGUGGGGCCGGAGGCUGUGGCGUACGCAUCUCCUCCUCAUCCUCCAUGGGAGGAGGCCUUGGCGCCUGCUUCGGUGGUGGCUACUCGUCCUUCGGCAACGUCAGCGUGUGUGGCGUGGAAGACAGCAUCAUCGGCAACGAGAAGUUCACCCUGCAGAAUCUGAACGACCGUUUGGCCUCAUACCUGGCCAAGGUGCGCGCUCUGGAGCAGGCCAACGCCGAGCUGGAGCUGAAGAUCAAGCAGUUCUUGGAGAGCAAGGUCGGCCCUGCAGCCAGGGACUCCAGCGCCUUCUUCGCCACCAUCGCAGAAAUCACCGCCAAGAUUCAAGAAGCCAUCAAAGUCAACGGAGCCGUCCACCUGAGCAUCGACAAUGCUCAGCUGGCUGCUGAAGACUUCAAGACAAAGUACGAGAAUGAGCUGUGCAUGCGUCAGUCAGUUGAGGCCGACAUUGCCGGGCUCAGGAGAGUCCUGGACGACCUCACUCUGGCCAGGACCGACCUGGAGAUGCAGAUCGAGGGCCUGAAGGAGGAACUGAUCUUCCUCAAGAAGAACCACGAAGAGGAGCUAGCGGCCAUGCGAGCACAGAUGACCGGCCAGGUUCACGUGGAGGUGGACGCCGCACCAGCAGAAGACCUCAACAAAAUCAUGGCUGAAAUCAGGGAGCACUAUGAAUCCGUCACCGCCAAGAACCAGAGAGAACUGGAGGCCUGGUUCCAGGCAAAGACAGAGGCGCUGAACAAGGAGGUUAUCACUCAGACCACCACGCUGCAGACAUCCAGGACAGAGGUCACAGAAGUCAAACGCAAUCUGCAGUCUCUGGAGAUCGAGCUGCAGUCCGUGUUGAGCAUGAAAGCGUCUCUGGAGGCAACCCUCGCUGAAACAAAAAACCGCUACUCUGCAAGGUUGUGUGGAUUCCAGGCGCAGGUGACGUGUCUGGAGGAACAGUUGGUGCAGCUGAGGGCCGACCUGGAGCGCCAGGGACACGAGUACAGCAUGCUCCUGGACAUCAAGACCAGGCUGGAGCUGGAGAUCGCAGAGUACAGAAGGCUUCUGGACGCAGAGGGCGCCACCAGUGUCACCGGUUCCGCCUCAGGCAAGAGGGUCGUAACAGUGGUGGAAGAGGUUAACGGGAGGACGGUCUCCACCACCUCCGCUUGAUCCUCUUCGGUAUUGGCCCCGCUGAGGAGCUGCAGACGACGACAGCCAAUCAGAAUCACUGUGUCUUCUUCCCCGUCAGAGAAUCUGUCGUGACAAUAAAAUGAGAGUCCACAUCA